CAUUAAAAUCAAACAAAUAAUUAUAACGAUAUUUUUUAAUUGAAUUAUAAUUAUCAUGUACGGUACUGACUUCAUUAAUUAUUACAUUUUGCAAAAAAUUAUAAUAUUAAAUAUAUGAACUCUUUCAUGUUGGCAGUGACACUUCGAUUCCUUGCCACAGGAGAUUCAUAUACUAGCCUCCAAUACACAUUCAGGAUUUCUAAGCAAUCUAUUGAAUAUAUAGUACCAGAAGUCUGCACAGCACUCAUCAAUGAAUUAAGAGGGUACAUUGAGCUGCCUAAAACACCUGAAGCGUGGAAAGAAGUAAGCAAGGUAUUCGAAACAAAAUGGAACCUGCCGCACUGUAUCGGGACACUUGAUGGCAAACAUAUUAUAUUGCAAGCUCCCAUUAACUCUGGCACAGAAUAUUUCAAUUACAAAUCUAACUUCAGUAUUGUUCUUUUUGAAUUGGUAGAUGCAAAUGCGAAUUUCAUAUUUGCUGACGUCGGUUGCCAAAGGCGAAUUUCUGAUGGCGGUGUAUUCCGUGGGAGUACUUUGCAUAGAAUGAUCGAGAAAAACCGAUUGGGGCUUCCAAUGGCUGAAAAACUGCCUGGAAGGUCUAUGUCAGAACCGUUACCAUACUUCUUUGCGGGAGAUAGUGCAUUCGCUCUAAGUGAUAAUCCAAUGAAGCCCUAUCAUGGGACUAUCCAAGGGGACUCCCCAAAGAAUAUUCAACUACAGAUUGAGUAG